AUGUCCAGUCAAUUGAUAGACAGCGGAAACAGAAAUGUCAGCUCUGCAGAUGAAGUACGUCAUGUCAAAUGUUGGGAUCUGAUGCCCUUCUACAUAACAUUAAUAAGAUGUGAUGAAAGGAAGGAACAGUCAGGUCCUGCGUUGCAUGAUUACCUGACGAACAUACAAGACGAGCUUCAAUGGGCGGGGCUACGAUUAGCAUCUUAUAACGACCCUCCUCCACCACCACCACCACCACCAAGAAGCGGGGCAGCGUCAUUUCGUCAACGAUGGAAGAUGCUACACUAUUCAGCUGCCCUAUGCAUCUUAACUAGUAUUCCUUUGGUCCUUGCGAGUUAUCCCUACUGCCCAUGUGUGCCAUUCAACACUACCGGUCGAUUUCAUUCACCUAACUAUCCGGCAAACUUGGAAAACAUUGAUUGCCUCUUUUAUCAUUUUCAAGCUCCUCUUGGAUCGAUCGUCCAGAUCACUUUCCGUUCAUUUUCUUUGCCUGUGCGUAAUCCAAUUUGUACGUCGUCGCUUCGGAUUUUCGACAGUUCUCUAGACGGGCUGGUUGAUCCAGAAGAGGAACCGAGUUUCACUUUCUGUGGCCACGAGAUCGCCCCUGGAGCCACAUUCUAUUCUAGGCAUGAACAUCUUCUCCUUCAAAUCAUACAUGGUGAUGCGUCAUCGAAAGGGUUCAUAGGAGACUAUCGAUUUCCAUCCAAAGAUAACUACCUCAAUGACGGGAUUGAAAUAGCAGAUUGUAGCUAUAGAAUUGAGAAAACGAAGGGAGUUCUAUACUCUCCAUCUUAUCCAUUUUACUAUCAAUCAUUUGUGAACUGCACCUAUAUUCUACCUCAGCGAAAAGGACACCGAAUUGUUCUGUCGUCAGGAGAGAUCUCCUUGGGAAGAGAGGCGACAAUCGACAUCUUCGAAACUACGAAUGGGAUCAUGACGAUUUUGUCGUCACUCUGGGGUCAACAUGGUCUCCUCUCUGAGAUUCUGACUUGCUGCUCAUUAGUUGCCACAAGUCUCUUUGGGCAUCCUCAACGCGCGAACGAACUAUGGGCUUCAUGUCAGGACACACUGCCAGGAAUCGAUGGUGGUAUCCGUUGUCAUUCAUGCAUAAAUCUCCGGAAACCGGCCCUUGAUUCUGUGGCAAUACCAACACAUCCUGAAGCGAUACCUGCAGUGGUGCCUCUCCGGACCCUGGAGCCCGUGAACGCACCAUUUUUUCUGAAUCUGAUCUGA